CUAAAAACCCUCUUAAAGAGGAAAAAGCUUACCCCCUUAAAAUGGCAGUUUGUGUCGAGGUAGUAGCAAGCACACACUUGUCGUCUCUCUCCCGCAACUCUCCUCGUGUUUCCGCAGUCUACCAAUAACAUUAGGUAAAAAGCUAAAGAGAGUGUGUUUCAAGAUAUAAAGAAGAAAGUGAUGGGUACUCACAUCAAUUUCAACAACUCAGGCGUAUACUCUUCAGGAGGUAAUGGGAGUGACAAUAACCAGUCGAAGCCAUUGGGGAGGCAGUCCUCUUUAUACUCGUUAACAUUUGAUGAGUUUCAGAGCACAUUAGGUGAGCCAGGGAAAGAGUUUGGGUCAAUGAAUAUGGAUGAGCUUCUCAAGAACAUAUGGACUGCUGAGGAAACUACUCAACCCAUCAUGACAACAACAACUACAUCCUCCGUGCAGCAACCAAGUAGUGGUUUUGCUCCGGGAGGAGGGAGUCUUCUGCAGAGGCAAGGCUCCUUGACUUUGCCUAGAACGCUUAGUCAGAAAACUGUUGAUGAGGUCUGGAAACACUUGAUGUCCAAAGAUAAUUGUACGGAUGCGCCUGAGAGGCAGCAGACAUUAGGGGAAAUGACUUUAGAGGAUUUCUUGCUCCGAGCUGGUGUUGUGAAAGAAGAUAGUCAACAGAACCAAAACAGUAGUAGUGAGUUUUAUGCUAACAACGGUGUUUCUACCGGUUUGGGAUUUGGAUUUAGUCAGCCGAGUCAAAACAACAUAUCGUUCAACAGCAACAAUAGUUCUAUGAUCUUGAAUCAAGCACCGGCAACAAUGCAGCAGCAGCCACACCAACAGGAACAUCAGAGAUUGCCUCCAACUAUAUAUCCAAAGCAAGCGAAUGUAACAUUUGCAGGGGUUACUGUGGCAUCUACUUCUCCCGGGACAACGAGUAGUGCAGAAAACAAGGAUUGGUCAUCACCAGUUGUUCCUUAUGUGUUUGGUGGUCAGGGAAGAAGAAGCAAUACAGGAGUGGUGGAGAAGGUUGUUGAGAGAAGACAAAAGAGAAUGAUCAAGAAUCGUGAAUCAGCUGCUAGAUCAAGGGCUAGAAAGCAGGCUUACACUUUGGAGCUUGAAGCCGAGAUUGAAAACCUCAAGCAACUGAAUCAAGACUUGAAGAGAAAGCAGGCUGAAAUUAUAAAAACACAGAAGAAUGAGCUAAAGGAAUCAUCAAAGCAGCGUCCAUGGCUGGCCAAAACGCCAUGCUUGAGAAGAACCCUUACCGGUCCAUGGUAAGAAG